GGAACAGGGCAGAGCAGAGCGGGGUGGCCACGGAAGCAUCCCCAGAGGCUUUGUGCUGCCCAGGCUGGAGGCCCCUGUGCUGGAGCUCGUGCAGCAGCGCUGUUGGCAGGAGCAGCAGGAGGAAGGAGAGCGGGCACGGGCAGGUGGGAGAUGGCUCCUGGGCAGGGCCAGGCCUGCAGGGCUGGGAGCCUGUCCUGGGCACGCAGGGGACGGGUCCUUCCUGGAGCAGCCUGGGGCUGGCGUGGGGCUGUGGGGAGAGAUGGGGAGCGCGGGGAACGCCGAUGGCCCUCAUUGCCUUCUCAUUGCUUGUGUCUGCUAGGAGGUGGUGGCAGAGGGAGAAGGCGGCCGCCCGGAGCAGGGUCAUUCUCCAUGGAGGAGACCAACACAACAGACCUCUCUCUGAAUUACACACAUGAUGGGAACUGGAGCUACGAGUGGGAUACUGAAAAUAGAUGUGGAGGUUCAUUUGAUGAAUAUAUGGUCUUUUUCUUUGUCUGUAUGGCAAUCUGUGUCUUUGGAAUGGUUGGGAAUGGGAUAGUCUUGUGGUUUCUGGGCUUCCAGAUGAAGCGGAAUCCUUUCACUGUCUACAUCCUAAAUCUGGCUGUUGCUGACUGCUCUCUGCUCCUCGUGUAUUUCCUGUUCAUACUGGGGUUUCUCAACACAACAAUAAUUUGUUAUAAUUUGGAUUCUUUUUUUCCUUUCUUCUUUAAGUACAUACGUGCAGUUCCUUUUCUGUGCCACUUGUUAGUCCUUAGCAGCCUGGGUCUCCUGACAGCCAUCAGCACAGAGCGCUGUGGCUCUGUCAUCUUCCCAAUCUGGUAUCGCUGCCACCGCCCAAAGCACUUGUCAGGCAUCGUCAGUGGGGUGCUCUGGGCCAGCGUUGGGUCGUUCAUUUUGUCCAUUUAUAUUUCCUCUCGCUUUCGUCAAAGCCACACCAUACUCUUUGCAAGUGUGGUCAUUGUCUAUUCUGUGAUUUUGUCAGUAACGAUGUUGAUUUCCAACGUGUCCAUGGUCAUGAGGCUCCGAUGUGGCUCACAGAGACGGCGCCUGGGGAAACUCUAUAUUGCUGUUGUGCUCAAUGUCAUCUUCUUCUUCGCCUUUGGGAUGCCUUUCAGCGUAAAUGCUUUCCUUCUACUUUUACAUAAUGGUAUUUCCUUUAAUGAAAGGGUGACUCUGGUGCUGGCUCUGCUGAACAGCAGCAUCAACCCAGUCAUUUACUUCCUGGUGGGGAGCUGCCGGCAGCGCCGCUUCCGAGGCUCCAUCCAAGUUGCCCUGCGCAGAGUGUUUGAAGAGAAAGAGAGGAGCAAGGAGGAGAGCCCCGCGCCUGAGGGCAUCCCCAUGGAGAGCACUGCCCAAGGCCCUGCUGGGGAGGGGGAGGCCUGAGCUCUGCU